AAGGAAGGAAAGGGUCUUUCACCCGGAGGAAGGCUGGCAAACUCAUUGGGAUUGUGACAAGACAGCCACACAGCAGCUCCAGAGACCACCCAUUGUCCAGCAAGAAUCCAAUGAUGAACAACACUCUGUCCAAUACAUCAUUCAAGUGUGUUAGGGAUACCAGUGUAACAUCGGUGGUCUUUCCCUGUCUAUACAGUCUCCUUUUCAUAUUUGCUUUUAUUCUGAACUCUCUGGCUGCAUGGAUCUUCUUCAACAUCCCCAGCACCUCAACAUUUCUGGUCUUCCUGAAAAAUGUGGUGGUGGCUGACUUGCUGAUGACUUUGACCAUCCCUGUGAAAGUCUUAACCGACGCUGAUAUAGGUUCCUGGCAUCUGCGAGCCUUCUACUGCCGAUACUCUGCUGUUCUUUUUUACAUCACCAUGUACAUUAGCAUCCUUUUGCUGGGCCUCAUCAGCUUGGACCGCUACCUUAAGAUCGUCAGACCUUUUGGGAAGUGCGUCCUGCAGAAGGUUCGUGUUGGCCAAGUAUUGAGUGCAGCUGUUUGGGUGGUAAUGUUGACUUUGGCACUACCCAACGUUAUCCUCAGUGAUCAAACAACAAAAGUCUCUAAAGGUCGACUCAAGUGCACCUCCAUGAAGAGCGCAGCUGGUCUACAUUGGCACGAGGGAUUCAACUACUUCUGUCAGGUUGUUUUUUGGGGCACACUUGCCUUGAUGGCAAUUUGCUACACAUUCAUCAGCAAGAAGGUCUACGAGUCAUACAAGGCCUCAAAGAGCAGAUCUCUGGCUGCAAGUCGCAGAACCAAGGCAAAGGUCUUUGUGGUGGUGGGGGUGUUUUUCAUCUGCUUCGCCCCCUUCCACUUUGCUCGUGUUCCUUACACUCUGACCCAAACCAGAGGCUCAACGAGUCAUUGCCAGGCACAGCAAGCCUUGUACAUCGCCAAGGAAACCACGCUGUGGCUGUCAGCCACAAAUGUAUGUCUGGACCCACUCAUCUACGUCUUCUUGUGCAAGGUGUUCAGGAAAAGACUGACUUCUACAUUCUGCAAAGUUACUAUGGAAUCUCCCACAGCAACAUCAACACAACUGGAGAUGUCAAAGAUCGAUUACAGUACCAGACUGUCGGAGACUGGAAUGCCACAGAUGGAACAACUCAGAGACAUUUAAUAACUAUUAAGGUCCAGCCAUUUAUGGGGCUUGUAGAUAGCACUUUAUCUUAAUGACAGACGUUGCUUAAAAGAAAAUGAGCAGAGGUUUAUUGAAUUAAGAUGAAUGCUGUAUUAACAUGCUGUAUUGAAAAAGUCAAGCAUGUUUAUCAGUUGUCAUCGAGUUUCAUACAAACCAAGCACUUCUGCACAGCGUUUGCUAACUCAUGCAAUGCAUUUCCUUACUUGUGCUUUCUGUCAUUCUCUAUAUCCUGCUGUCUAAUCUGGUUCAAACUGCACUUUCCUUUGCAGAAAAAAAAAAAAACAUUUAGCAACAGUGUAAACAAGUUGACAGAGCAUAUUCUUAAAUGAUUAGUACUCGUCCAGCAGGAGCCAAAUGAUAAAAACUGAGGGAUAAACGGCUCCAAGAGAAGCUGUUCAGAGUAAUUUAGACACCAGGAGUCGUAACUCUGAGACAAACAAUACAAUCUUCACUUUUCAUAUUUAAAUUGAAUCAUGGACCACUGACCAUCUGUAGCCUACGGUAAUUACUGCGCAAAUAAAUACACUUUUUUCCAGAUUAUGAUUUCCAGGUCAUACUGUAAGUCUAAAACAUUGUAAAAUGUCAAAUAUAAUGAGAUCUAAGGCAAAUAUUUAUAUAUUUUUCAAGCUCUCCCAGCGCUGAAGAGAACAAUUCAGUAGCUCCGUCCGUGUUUUUUAGUGUUUUAUUCACUUUUCUGUUAGUCUGUAGCUUUUCAACCCUUGUGGGUUGUCUGUUAAUACAUAUCCCAUGGAUAUGAAGUACUUUUCAUUGGAAAGCAGCAGCAAAAACAUUGUUUAUUCAAUAAAGAAGCUCUUUAAGGUUCGGAGAACGGGACGUGCCAGCGUUGUUCACUCCAUACCUGAGGAGGUGCGACGGAAGUACCGAGGCUAUCUAUCUAUCUAUCUAUCUAUCUAUCUAUCUAUCUAUCUAUCUAUCUAUCUAUCUAUCUAUCUAUCUAUCUAUCUAUCUAUCUAUCUAUCUAUCUAUCUAUCUAUCUAUCUAUCUAUCUAUCUAUCUAUCUAUCUAUCUGAUCAAAUUUAAUCUAAAUACUGUAAUAUAGAAAGAGUAGUAACACUGAUUUAAGACAGGUGAAGUAAGGUGACUGGGCAUAAAAGCCACAGUAAUGUUUGGUACAGAUAUCACUGAAAAGAUUCAUCCUUUACAUAUUUCUAAAAGAUAUUUAAAACAUAUGUGUUUUAAAUGUAGUCUAUGGUUGGUUUCGGGCAGCAGUAAUAAUAAAGACACAUUUUUCUGCAGAGCGGCAUCUUUAAAAAUAUAAUUUCCUUUUACAUAUUGUAAAGACAAUGACACGCAGCAGCAGCUCCUGUGAGUGGGUUUUUACAGCGCAAAAUAGACAAAGACAAGAUUAAUCGCUGUUCUGUUGACUUGUUUAUAGAUCAUAGUUUUUUCUGUGUACAAAAGUUGAGUCAUAAUGAUGCAGUUGAGCAGAAUAUUUUCAGAAAAAUACAAAUAGUAAACAGAUUAAAGUAUUCCGUGCUAUAAAUUCUAUAAAAGAAAUUCAAAUUAAGACAAAUUAAAGAAACCCCCAAGAUAGCCUAGUCACAUGCAUGGAAGCCAGUUCUAGACAAAAAAAACCCACAAAAUAACAGGAACUUGACAUAUUCUUGUAACUGGCUUCAUGGGUGGUAAACAUUGCAUGUCAGGAAUGAUAGUCACUGACACAAAAGCCGAUUCUAAACGUUUCCUGUCAGUACACGGCUCAAGACAUCGUAAUAAAGGUUUAUGCUUCAUCUUCAAUUAAAAAAAAGAAAAAAAAUCCUUGAUCUGUCAUUUUAGUUUUGUAUGUCUUUCAGUGUCAUCUUCUGAUUUUCAGAUUGUCAUGUCUUUGUUAAGGUUAUGUUCUGUCUUAUUUCGAAAUUUCUGUAUGAUCUGUUUGAGAUUGAGUGAUUUCACCACUUCUCUUUACUCACAACACAUCUGUUUAACAUGAAUCAUCACCUUUCACUCUGUAAAUACUCCUUGGUUUCCAUUAUUUUUCUGCCAGGUGUUAAAUAUCUUUGCUAUGGUUCUUAUGGUCUCCUAUGCUGAACUCCUGCUCCUCUUAUAAUAAAUGUAUGUUUCCUUUACUGCUGCUUCCUUUAUCUGCUUUAUUUGAAUAUCAGUUCUUCAUCAGCCAACCAUUUGUGUACUCUAUUUGGGUCUUUGUUAAUCUUUGAACAUAGUAAAAUGAAAAAAGGGAAUUGACACAUUGCUGAGUUGUUCAGACUUUAAAUGAAACAUGUUGAGACUGAAGCGUUUGUCACGCUUAAAGCAGCACAAUGUAACUUUUCCACCUUAAUAUAAUACUUCCAGAGUCAUUGUGAUGGUACAUCAACUUACAACAGGUUUAAUGACACCUCUGUCAUGGUCUGAGGGGGUCUGUAUCGCCUUCACUGGCACAAUGUAACUUUGAGGUGGAUUGUAGUAACCCUUCCACACUACUGGUAAAUCACUGAAAGUUACAUUGUGCUGCUUUAACUCAUUUUGUAUGAUUUCAUAUUUUGAACAUCAGCAGGUAGCUGCAAUUCAAGUGAAGAAGUGUAAACUGAAUAAGAUGUGAGGAAAAAAUGGUUCUCUUUACAUCAAUCUACAGUAGGUAGAAAGAAAAGACAGAUUUAUUAGAUUUAAAUCAGUUGUAUCAAUUAACCAAAAACUCCCAAAAGUAAAGAAUAAACAAACUGAAU